UUUCCAAAUGUUCCGAAACAGGUCCCACGGGUGUGACUUGUCAGUGAGCACUGAGCCGUGAGCCGCCAUCACAGGCCCAUCACCACGCACCAAGCACCAAGCUUACCGUCAUCGCUCGGUUUCGCACAAUCGCAAAUCGCAAAUCGCGACUUCCCCCACGGCCACGGCCACGGCACCCAGACUUUUCGGGUGGUUCGGUCGCCGGCUCUCUCUCACAGAGUCACGUUGCGUCCACGUCAGCCAACCCGCUUUCUGCUGUCUGCUUCCUAAUUAGUUCCCCCCAUGCCAGACGAACCCCCUCCGCAGCUACCGUCGCCCCCGACAGCUUCAGCUUCGAGAACCCAUUCGUCCACCGACAAGGACCGUUUGGCCGGGCAUGGUGACGUCAGGAAGUCCAGAAUAGCAUCCGCCCUCGCCCUCUCCCUGUCUCCUUCGCUCUCGCCCGUGCUCUCGCCCACUCUCUCCGCCUCUGUCUGCGUCUCCGCACCCACGCCGACAGCUUCGUUCGCCCUCCAUCCGACGUCCCCCGAACCCCUCGAGAGCGCCCUCGCUACGACGCUGCGCCGCGCCGACGCCAACGCCAACAUGCUGCUCCUCCACCAGAUCGGCAGCGUCAAGACCGGCGAGGUCGUCCGAUACACCGUCACCUACACGCCGUCCCAGGACCGCAUCCUGCCGUCGCCCGAGAAGCUCUACCUGCGAGUCCGCAACACGUGCGCCAUUGCCCUGCGCGCCGCCUUCGUCCACGGGCCGUAUACCCUCUCCGCCGCCGCAUACCCUGCCGCCUUCAACCCCAACGAGAAGUUUGAGAACCCCGAGCGGUAUGGCGUGCCCGAGUUCGAGCCCAUGGUCAAGGCUGGCGGCUCGUGGGAAUGCGAGCUCGUCGUACCAGACGACAUUCGCCAGAGCGCCGGCAUGGGCGGCCAUGGCGGUUUUGGCAAGGCCCCGGAGCAUGACGAAGAAUGUGCCAGCUGGAUCAUCGAGGUAGCGUCCCAGGUCCUGUUUUCCACCUCGGCGGCCGUGGGAUAUGAGGUCGUGGUGGCACGCGACCACAAGUCCCUAAACCUAAGCAGCAUUAGCCCCGUCUUGAGCGGACAGACUCAAGUGCCGCAACCAGGCAAAGUGAGCGACCAUCAGCAGAGCAUCGGCGCCAAGGACGGCCACCACCCAGCGCAGCCCCGGGGAGUCUUCUCGCGAGCUGUAAGGGUCAAGGUUGAGGAUACAGCCACACUGUGGAACACGCCACGUCUUCCGGGUUGGGAUGACCUUGGCCAGAGUAGAGCCCGGAGACACCCAGGUGCCGAUGAGGCAAUCGAGAGCAUGGUCCAGACAGGAGAUCCGCAGACUGAAGAAGAGCCAGCACCCCGCAAGCACAAGAAUAUCCAUUUGGUGGUCCUGACGCAUGGCUUGCAUAGUAAUCUUGGCGCUGACAUGCUCUUCAUGAAGGAGAGCAUUGAUGCAGCUGUGAGACAGGCCAAGAUCGAUGCCAAGGCACGGCGAGCAAAACAGCGAGCUGCUAGGAGGAAACGGGACUCAGACGCCGAUCCAACAAACGACGAAAAGGUCCAGAACCACCCCUCCGACGAGGAUGAGCAUGAAAGCGACGACGAAGAAGUGAUUGUCCGUGGUUACUCGGGGAAUGCCACCAAGACCGAGAGAGGCAUCAAGUAUUUGGGUAAACGACUUGCCAGAUAUGUGCUCUCCACGACAUAUCCAGACCAACCAUUCCUCCCGUCAGUAAAGGGGGCUGCCGAAUCAGUGUUCCAUUCUACCAAGGUUGAUAAGAGCGACUCCGAGCUAAAACCGGCACACAAACACAGCAGUGUAGUCUCGAACCACAGCAAAGAACAUUUAGAAAAACACGAACGACCAUAUAAAAUCACCAGCAUCAGUUUCAUUGCACACUCACUGGGAGGGCUUGUACAGACCUACGCCAUUGCCUAUAUCCAAAAACACUCUCCCGAAUUCUUCAACCUCAUUAAACCAAUCAACUUCAUUACCUUGGCGUCACCAUUUCUGGGGCUAAGCAACGAGAAUCCACUUUAUGUCAAGUUUGCCCUGGAUUUUGGCCUGGUUGGCAGGACCGGUAAAGACUUGGGCUUGACGUGGAGGGCUCCGACUCUUGCACGUAGCGGAUGGGGCGCCCUCGUCGGCAACCUGGGAGAGACGGCACACAAGAAGGUUUAUGGAGAGUCACAGCCGGAGUCGAAACCCCUGUUGAGGAUCCUACCAACGGGACCCGCGCAUACGGCCCUGAAGAAGUUCCGCAAUCGUACCGUGUACUCCAAUGUUGUCAACGAUGGCAUCGUUCCCCUUCGCACGAGUUGUCUCUUGUUCCUGGACUGGCAAGGCCUCGAUCGCGUCGAGAAGGCGCGGCGGGAUGCUGGCCUGGUCGAGACGGUAGUUGGUUUCGGAUGGGCAGAACUCACCGGUGCCAACAUGGCCUCUCCUCGCCAGAGGCAGCUUCCAGCAGGUGACCGACAGAGUCGGAAUCUGUCUGGAAUAGUAACGCCCGAUAAGUCUCGAGAGAAUAUGCGAGAGGUUCCGCUGCCAUCUAGUAAUGCGCUUAUCGAAGACGACCGGGCGAGUUUGCGGUCCGUCCCCACGCCAUUUAUGGACGACGUGCCAUCCGAUUCGGGAGACUCUAACAGCAGUGGCCCGUUGUCGGGUUUCUUCAACUUUUUCAAGAGUAAUGAGCCACCAAAACCCCCCAACGUCUCGCAGAAGCAGAAAAUGAUUUUCCGGAGGAGUCAGACACUCAGCUCUGGGGACCUCACAGCUAGCGGAGAGCCGAGCCCUUCGGCAUCGCCCAAACCGUCAAAGGUAACGUCUGGACACGAGGAAGAAGAGGAGGGAGUUACGGCUCCGCCAAAGACGACUUUCUUUGAGUCUGCUGGUGAUGUCCUCAAUCCCAAGAUGCCAGAUGUUGAUUAUUUGAUUGAUCCUUCUGAGCGGCCGCGGACCAUCUUCCAUGAUCGAGUAUAUCACCCGGCCGAUAUCCCAGGGCCGCCGAUGAAGAAGCGGCCGACCACAUUAGUCCGAAGGAAAACUAUCACUCAGUCACAUUCUGUUUCGCGGGCCUCGACGGGUGUCUCAACAGCUAGCGGGUCUUCGUCACCAUAUCCCUCGAUUCACCACGAAGAUACGACGCAAUCAACGAAGGACUACGACGACACGACAAAUACCAAUCCCGACAAGGAUCCCCAUGAGAUCAUCGACAGUUCUAACAUGCGCGUCGAGGAGAAGAUUUCGAGGGCCUAUCAUCGGGACUUGUCCUGGAGGAAAGUCUUGGUCAAGUUGGAGCCCGACGCGCACAACAACAUCUUUGUCCGUCGCAUGUUUGCCAAUGCCUACGGCUGGCCUGUCGUCAAGCACUUGGUGGAUGAGCACUUUAGUGACUCAGCGGCCUCCCAUCUGCGAACAGAAGACGAGAGCAACCGCGAGCGUGCGCGGGAAAUCAACCAGCCACCAGACGAACAUGGCGGCGAGACUAAGGACAGCCUUUCUGUUACGGAGGCGCCGGCCACACGUACCGAGAGCGAGGCGCGUGAAGCCCUGGAUGAAGUGUCUGAUUUACCGGGCCUACAAGCUCCGCCACAGUCCCAAGGCAGUGAUACCUCGGGGAAACGGUCUCGAACUGACCACGAUGGUUCAAUGACAUGGAGCGAGCGCGACUGGGUCGACAGCGAUUGCGACAGCGAUCUAGACUUUGGUGGCGACCCUCCUCCCUCAGAGAGGCGGCCUGCGGCAUUGACAUUGCCCACGUCGCAGGAAAAGGGCAAGGAGGCGCAGCGAAGUUCUAGCCCACUUUCAGCUGGGUGGAACUGGGCCGAGAAGAUUGUUGGGAAGGGGCCCUCAACUCGGGCGAAGAGCCCCGUAGAUGAAGGCGUAAAGCACUGAGACGGUUGGAUACAUACAUGUACAUGUCAUGACUACGAUGUCGGAUGUGAAAAUAUGGGCAUAGAUAGAAUGUGUCUGAUAGAGGCGUAAUGGUUUGGGAUGAUGAGGCAUGGAGUUUUGUGUAAGUUGUGCAGGAGUGAUGAAGCUUUUAUUGUUAGGUAGCCUUAGGAUAGAGAAGAUUCCCAUAGAAUAUUGAAGUCUUGAUGAUUGUGGUUUCCA